AUGUCAAGACUUGCCCAGCUCUCCUCUGGGAGUUGGGAUGCCUGCUGCCGAGCAGCCUGGGUAGCAGUUGUCAUUCACUUGCUUCCUUGGUGCAUGGCCUUGGAUGUACAGGCACCUCCCUUGAUCCCAAAUUUGCCUUUUCUCUCAGCUUGGAAUGCCCCAACAGAGCUCUGUGCCCAGAAACAUGAAGUACAUCUGGAUAUGAGUCUCUUCUCCUUGGUGGGCAGCACUCGCCAGGAAAUCAAGGGGCAGGAUAUCACUUUAUUCUACACUGACAGGCUGGGCUACUACCCUUAUAUAGAUGAAGUUACGGGGGAAAGUAUGAAUAAAGGACUCCCUCAGCUUUGCCCCCUGGAGCACCAUUUGACUAAAGCCAAGAAGGACAUUGUCAAAUACAUGCCCUCAGUGGGAAAAGCUGGUCUAGCUGUCAUCGACUGGGAGAACUGGAGGCCUCUCUGGAUCCGGAACUGGAAGCCAAAAGAUAUUUACAGGAACCGGUCGAUUGAGCUGGUGCAGCAGAAAGACGUGAAAUUAAAUUUCUCCGAAGCCUGGAACAUCGCCAAAGUUGAUUUUGAAAAGGCAGCACGGAAUUUCAUGAGACGGUCCCUGAGGCUGGGGAAGACGCUCCGGCCCAACCAUCUGUGGGGGUUUUACCUGUUCCCCGACUGCUACAACCAUAACUACAACAGCCCUAAUUACAACGGCAGCUGCUUCGAUAUCGAAAAAGCCAGAAACGAUGAGCUGAAAUGGCUGUGGAAGGAGAGCACCGCCCUCUUCCCAUCCAUCUACCUGGAUACCAGCCUACGGAACUCCAGCCAUGCUCCGCUCUUUGUCCGGAACCGAGUGCAAGAAGCCGUCCGGGUUUCCAGAGUGGGAGACCCCCAGAAUCCCCUUCCGAUUUUUGUCUACACACGUCCGGUUUUCACAAAUGCUCCUUCCAACUAUCUCUCUCAGGUUGACCUUGUAAAUACGAUUGGAGAGUGUGCUGCCCUCGGUGUCUCCGGAACAGUAAUGUGGGGAAGCCUCAACUUAACUCGGAGUGUGAAAACCUGCGGGAUUCUGGACAGUUAUAUGAGGAUGAUGCUGAAUCCCUACAUCAUCAAUGUCACCCUGGCGGCCAAAAUGUGCAGCCAAGUGCUUUGCGAAGAGAGAGGGGCGUGUGUGCGGAAGGCCUGGAACUCCAGUGAUUACCUUCAUCUGAACCCAGCGAACUUUGUUAUUCAGAUCACUAGGGAUGGCCAGUAUUUGGUGAAUGGGAAGCCGACCUAUGCGGACCUAAAGCAAUUUUCGAACAAAUUCACCUGUCGCUGUUUCGCGGGAUCCUCGUGUAAGACAGUGGUAGAUGUGACCACGACGUCUUUCAUCUACGUGUGCAUUGCCGAUGACAUCUGCAUCGAAGCUGAUCUAAAUCCACAUCUGAGUGAAGAGGACUUCUCCACCUCUCCCUUCCACCUGGAAGAGAAUUCUUCCUCCACCGUUAAGACUGGUGUCUCAGUAGACUCGCCUGGCACCGAGGGGCCACUUGUGCCUGGGUCAACACUCCAGGGACAUGUGGUAGGAUAUGCAGGUGACCUCUCCAACAGCAUUGAUGAUGUAGAUACCAUUAUUCCUGGAAUCCACUCUUCAGAGAAAGACACGUAUGAGGAUCCCGAAGAUAUUUCACCUUAUCCUUUCUUUGAUUUCUCCCCAACUUACAACAGCAAACCCCAAAAUGGAAUUAUUUAUUCAAGGACCUGUUCAGUUUUUACAAGCCUUUAUAGCCAAAUAUUUUUUAUUUUGAUGAUCAAAAUAUUUGUUUUAAUCAACCCCCUUUCAGUUUAG